AUGAAAAUAAUAUUAAAAUUUUUUUAUUGCUUUAUAUUUAAUUUUAUUUGUAUAUGCUUUAAAAUAGAUCAAUCAUAUGAAAUCAAUAAAAAAAAUUUAUUCAUACCUUCCAAUAAAAAUUUAAUUAAAAGACAUAAAGCAAGAUCAAGUAUAUAUAAUUACGUAAAUAGUAAACAUACUGAAGAGAAUGAAGCAGAAAUUAGAGAAAAAAUAGAAAAAGAAAAUGAAAGAAGAGAAAAAAUUAAUACAGAAAAUAAUUUAUUCAUUAAUUCUAAUUUUAAAUAUAUAAGUAACAAUAUUCCAAUUAAUGUGGAAAAAAAAUAUUACUAUGAAAGUUUUAAAUACAGUGAAGAGAUAGUGGCGUAUGUGUUUUUUGUAAUUAAUCUAUUUAAACAUGAGCAAUUCAAAAAUAAAAUUUAUAAAGAAUUUUUAGGAACUGAAUCUUCACAAAAUAUAAAUAAAAUAUAUUCAGAUGAAUUUUUUAGUAAAAGUAAUAAUAUUGUCGAAAGAAAUAAAAAAUUAUUUGAAAAUUUUGUAAACAAGUUUGGUGAUAAAUUCAAGUUUUUUAAUUCUCAAGAAAAAAUCCAAAGGGAAGAUUGGGCUAAUAUGUUCAAGUUAGAACAAAAUGAUAAAAAUAAUUUUUUUAAAUAUAUAAAAAUAAAAAGUGAAAAAACCAAAGAAUAUUACUUUGUUAUAUAUUACUGCAAUUGGAAAUAUGAAUGUAUGGCUCUUUAUAAUGCAUUCCAUAACAUUUUAAACAAUACUUAUAAUAAUGUUAAUUUUUACAAUAUAUUUCAUAAUAAAGAUAAAGACGAAAAUAUAAAAGAAGAUCAAAAAAAUGUAGAUGAAUUAAGUAAAUCUGAUAUUGAAGAAAUAAAAGAAAUGUAUAUUAAAGAUUUACAAAAUAAUGAAAUAAUGGAUAUAGAAAGUUUAUUUAAAAAAGAUGAAAAACUAAAUAAUACUAAUGAUGAUCAAAUACAAACAAAUUCAACUGAAAAUGAACAAUUAAACAAAAGCAAAGCAAACGAGGAUACAAAAAAUAAAAAUAAUGAAACUAAUUCAUCCCACGAUGACAACACAGAGAAAAAAAAUAAAACUUUUCAAGAAAUAAUGGAAGAAGAAAAAAAAAAAUUAGAUGAAGAAUUUUUUUUAUAUGGUUAUUCUAAAUAUGAGAACAUUGAAGAAAUAAAAAAAGAAGAAGAAAUGAUAAAACAAACAAAAAAGUUAAUAGAAGAGGAAAAAUUAAGCAAAACGAAAUUAAACAGCGAAAGAGACUUUAAAAAUAUUUUAAAAAAUUUUUAUUUUCAAAUAAAAAAUUAUAAGGAUUAUUAUAAUUACCAUCUUGAAGAAAAAAAUUUAUUAAUAAAUGACAUUAACUCGUACAAAAAUAUAGAAAAUAUAUCAAAAGAAGCAUAUAUGAAUAAUAAUUCAAAUACUACUCAAAUUAUUGAAGAAAUAAAUAAAAAAGACAAUAAAAAAGAAGUAACUGUAAACGUCAUCUUUGUUAGAUUAAGUAAUAGUACAGUAAUAGGAAAAACAAAAAAUAUUAAAAAAAAAAUAAAAAAAAAGUGGAUUUAUUCUCAUGAAAAAGAAAUAAAAUUUUACGAAUUAAUUUUAUCUGUUAUGCUUAAUGAAAACAUUUAUUACAAAAAUAUACCUCAUAUGGAUAUAUUUUCAUUAAGUUAUGAUAAAAAAAAAUUAUAUGAUUUUUUUAAUUUAAUUAAUAGUAAUUUAAAGCAUAGUUUUAUUCAUAAAAAUAAUGUUUACGACAUAUAUAAUAAUUUUAUUAAUGAUCAAAUGGAUGUAUAUAAUUUUAAUAUAUAUGACGAGAGUAUAUAUAAAGAACAUGAAUUAGAACAAAAGAAAAAUUUAAAAGAUAAAUUAAGUGAUAAUGAAGUACAACAUAAGGAAUAUAUAGAAAAUGAUGAUAUAAUUAUUGAACAAUUAGAUUCAGAGUAUGAAAUAAAAGAUUUAGAAAAUUAUAAAGUAAUAUUUGAUCAAAAUGAAAAUAAUAUUGGUGAAAGUAAUGAAAAUAUGGAAAAGAAAGUUAAAGAAAUAGAAAAUAAAGAAAUAGAAAAUGAAAAAGAAUUAGAAAAUUUAAAUAACAAAGAAAAAAAAAAAAAUAUUCAUAGCAUUAAUUAUAAAAUUAUGAAAAAAAAGCACAAUAAAAAAGAAAGAAGCAAAUAUGAAGUUUUAUUUAAACAAAAAUAUACAAAUAUAUUUGUAAACAAUAUUAGAAAUAAAUUAUGCAUUGAAAAAAUUAGUUCUAUAUCAAAUGUUGAUAUACACGCUAAUUAUACCAUAGAUAUUUUUAAGGAUAUAUCAUUAAAUAAUAUUUUUAAGAACACAUAUAAUCAUCAAAACUUUAAAGUUGAUAAAAAUUAUGUUUAUUAUUUGAAUCAGAAAAUCCCAAAAGAAAUCUUUCCGUUUAUUCUUCAGUUAUCUUUGGCCUUUAAAUAUGAGCAUACUACUAUUCUAUUAAAUGCUCCUAAAAAAGUAGAAUUUGAAUUUAGAAAUGUAUAA